AUGGCGAGACGUAUAACCCGAGGAAACUCGAGCACUCCUUCCGAUGAACCACAAGACCACAAUCAAACUAUUAAUAACCUCUCAAACUUAAUCCGAGAACAAGCCCAAAACCACCAGCGCCAAAUCGAACAACUCCUCCAACGUAACCAAACCCCGCCUCAAAAUAAUGCACCCCAAGCCAUAUACGAACGAUUCCUCCGAAUGAACCCAUCCGAAUUCCACGGUGACACCGAUCCCGCCAUAGCCGAAGAGUGGAUCAAAUCACUCGAAGUCAUUUAUGACUACAUGCAAAUGACCGACCGUGACCGCGUACACUGUGCCAUAUUCCUACUCCGAAACGAAGCUCGUCACUGGUGGGAAGGAAUCAAAGAAGGAACGAACCUCGAGACUCUGCCAUGGACCGAUUUCAAUGUCCAAUUCUUCGAAAAAUAUUUCUCGAAAGACGUGCGAGCCCACAAACUCAAAGAAUUUCUCGAACUCCGCCAAGGCGACUUACCAAUGAUCGAGUACACCCGUCGUUUCGAACGUGGUUGCCUCUACGCUCCAUUCAUCGCUCGAGACGCCGAGGAAACGAAGAAUCAUUUCAUUCGUGGCCUCCAACCCGAAAUCCGUAGAGACAUUCGUGUUAGA